GCAGUGGACCGUACAGUUCCUCAAAGUCCCUGUGCUUCCUUCAAAAGCAGCUAUAAGAGUGACAGGAGGUGCUCAGCACAUGUGUAGAGGUGCUGAGAGUCACAGAAACAGAACCUCUCUAUCUUUUAUCAUUAUACGGUUCUGCAGGACAAUUCCGAAACACUUUGCUGAUUUUUCAAGAUCUGACAAUGAAUUGCUGUUGAUUUGCGGUGUUGGGAUCGUAGCGAUGGACUCUGAGCUCCUAACACGUGGCCUCCUGUACCUCUCUCUGGCCGUGGCUGGAAUCCCGGGCAACCUUGCCGUGAUCUUCGCCUUCCUCGCGGCUCUGCACCAUGAGCGGCGUCUCUUCACCGCCGAUGCCAUCGUGCUGCAUCUGGCCCUGGCCAACCUGCUGGUGGUGGGCGUCCGCUGCGUGCUCGAGGUCGUGGCUACCUUCCAAAUCGGCCACGUUUUUAAUGAUGCUGGUUGCAAGGGUGUCAUUUUCGUCUACAGGACGGCGCGUUCGCUUUCCAUCUGGCUCACGUUUGUGCUAAGCGCCUUCCAGAGCCUGAGCGUCGCACCCCCAGGGUCUUUCUGGGCAACCGCCCGUGACCUUUUCUCCCAGCUCCUCUGGCUCAUCUUCUUGAUCGUGUGGAUCAUCAACAUCUCCGUGAGCUCUCCGUCUAUCGUGUUUGCCGUGGGCACCAAGAACACCUCCAUGCUCCUCCAGAACAGUAUCAACGUACAGUUCUGCUUCAUCAACUUCCCAUCAGCGAUCGUCAAAGACACCAACGGCGCUGUGCAGACGGUCAGAGACGUGGUGCCCAUGGUGCUCAUGACCACCGCCAGCUUAAUCAUCCUUAUCUUUCUGUACAAACAUAGCCGACAGGUCAGAACUAUCCGAGGAGGAGUUGGCGGAGGCAGCGGAGGGGGAGGAGGAGGGUCUUCAGAACGCAGGGCGGCCAUUACCGUGGUCACUUUGGUAACGCUACCUGCGCAUCUUCUUCUCAUCCCUGUAUGCUGCCAUGAGCCCCGUCGUCAUCAUCGUGUCCAAUAAGAAGGUGAACAAACACCUGAGGUGCGGCGGCGAAGAGAAGACGGGGUGAUGCUGAAAUCUA